AUGACUUUGACUGUAGAAGCGUACACGGUGGAGGUAUUGAGCAAGCGUCAGAUGCUUAAACUCACCUGGGAAAAGAGUGUGGAAGAACGUAUCCGCCAAGCAUGUGAGGCCAAGCAAGCUACCAUCGAUGCGGACAGACCACUAAUGGUAUCUCUUGUCGGAAUCCCAGGAUCCGGGAAGUCUACCUCUGCGGAAAUUGUCUCGGAAGAUCUCGGAGAUAUCGGCUGCUUGCUAAUGCCGUUUGACGGCUAUCAUCUACCACGGACCUUGCUGUCGCAGGCUCCCAACGCGGCCGAUAAGCUCUACCGCCGAGGGGCUCCGGACACGUUCGACCCCUCCUCCCUCGUGCGUGAUCUUCAACGCAUCCGUCACGGAUUGGAACCAAUGGUGGGGGUUCCCGGCUUUGAUCACGCUCGGGGCGACCCCGAUCAGAACGCACACGUCUUUCAUCGAAACCAGCACAAAAUUGUCGUCUGCGAAGGUCUCUACCUGUUGCACGAUCAACACGGUUGGGAGGAAAUUGCGAACUGUUUCGAUCUUUCGAUUUUUGUGGACGCUGACGUGGACGUGUGUAUGGACCGUCUCAAGGUCCGUAACUUGUGUAUCCCGGGUUAUUCACCGGAAGAAAUUUUGUUGCGAGUGGACGCAGUGGACCGCGUCAACGCAAUGACCGUGCUGCGCUCUAAGCACCGGGCGGAUGUGAUUGUCCAGUCGGCCGUGUAACAUCUACAUACCACCGCCGUCCCCUCUGCUUGAAAAAAUUAAGCCUCGCUUCGACCUUCCUUGUCGGUGAUGAAUGCACGCAACUGUUUACAGUACUACUAGAACAAAUACAUACUAGAAUAUCUUAUCACAAU